AUGCCUCGCCACUCAAAAAACAAUACUGCUUCCAGCGUGUUUACGUAUCAUGAAGCACACACUCUUGACUAUGGAACAAAAAGACAACGUUUAGGUCGAGAUUCUUAUCGAAACUACAAUGCCUGCUUCCUUUGUCUUCAGACUACUCGAGAUCCUGUUGCUUGUAGUAAAGGGCAUCUAGCUUGUCGUGAAUGCAUGUAUGAAUCUAUUUUGCAACAAAAGCAAGCCAUUAAACAGGAGCAAAAGCUGUUUGAACAAAAGGCUCAAGAAUUAGAUAAUCAGAAGCAAUUACAAGAUCUUGAAGCAAAACGCGUUCUUUUAGACACAUUUGACAAGACACAGAAUAGUGUCUUGGGUGAUCGUCGUCCAACUAUUCGCGAUGGACUAAAAGAUGAACCCAAUAACAAAAAGCGUAAGUUUUCAGAAGAAGAAGCUAAAUCAAUAGCAGAAAAAGAAUUGGAGAAGGCUUCAUUACAAUUACAGAAAGACAAAGAAGAAGCUUCUAAACCUAGACUUGGGUCUUUUUGGGUGCCUUCUGUUACCCCAAGCGCUGAUUCUACUUCUAUCGCACCUGUCAAAACACAAGUUUUGUGUACCGCAUCUGAAGAAACACAUUCUUUGACUCUCAAGUCAUUGAUUGAUGUCAAGUUUCAGAAAGAAGACAAGAAUAAGGAUAACAAUGUAUGCCCUGCUUGUCUCAAGACAUUAACAAAUUCCAUCAAACUAUCAGUCAUGCGUAACUGUGGUCAUGUCAUUUGCAAUACUUGUGUGGAUAUGUUUGUAGCAAAAUCAAAGAAAUGUUACGUUUGUGAGACCAAGACAAAGUCAAAAGAUAUUGUAGAUAUGAGUCCUGAAGGCACUGGUUUUGCUAGUGCAAGCACAAAAGCAAUGGCAGAAAAGUUCAAUUUGGCUUUUCAAUAA